UCUUUCAGCAUUUAAUCUUCUCUCAGUUGACAAUUGACUUGCGACUUGAACAGUCGAGGACAAGAGAUCCGGAGGCGUAUACACAAUCAUGAUCGCGAAUUUGAGAAACCUUUCCCGACUGGCCUUGCCCCGUCGACUGGCCUCCCAAUCCUAUUCCUCCUCCUCAUUCCUGAUCGACCAACCGGAAUAUAGUUUCCUGAAGGAACUGGGAUUGGAACGAGAGAAUCCUGGAGUGUACUCUGGUCAUUGGCAGGGACGAGGUCCAAGUGUCACCAGCUACGAUCCUGGUACUGGCCAAGCAAUCGCCACAGUGCGCCAGGGCACGGUCCAGGAACUGGAGCAGACCAUCGGAUUGGCUGUGGACGCCUACAAGCAGUGGCGGAAAGUACCCGCUCCAGUUCGAGGCGAAAUAGUUCGCCAGAUCGGAGAUGAGCUGCGCAAGUACAAGGAACCUUUGGGUAAACUUGUUUCCCUGGAGGUGGGAAAAAUCUACAGUGAGGGUCAGGGUGAGGUGCAGGAGUUCAUCGAUAUCUGCGACUAUGCGGUGGGUCUCUCCAGGAUCUAUUCCGGUCAGUUGAUCAACUCGGAGCGUGCUGAUCACUCGAUUCUGGAGGCUUGGCGUCCUCUGGGAUUGGUGGGUGUAAUUUCGGCUUACAAUUUCCCCAACGCCGUAUUCGGAUGGAAUGCAGCUAUUGCUCUAACCACUGGCAACAGUGUUCUGUGGAAGGGAGCACCCAGCACUCCCUUGGUUUCCGUGGCCACCACCAAGAUAGUAGCCGAUGUGUUGCAGAGGAACAACCUGCCGCCGGUGGUUACACUCUGCCAAGGAGGCACCGAUGUAGGACAGUCUUUGGUUUCCGAUAAGCGAGUAAACCUGGUCUCCUUCACUGGUAGCUGCCAAACUGGUCGGGAUGUCGGCGUAGAAGUUCAGAAACGCUUCGGAAAGGUGAUCCUCGAACUGGGCGGCAACAAUGCCCUGAUUAUAGAUGAAUCUGCGAACGUUAAGAUGGCCCUGGAUGCGGCUCUUUUCGGCUGUAUCGGAACUAGUGGCCAGAGAUGCACCACCACCAGGAGAAUCAUUGUCCACGAGAAGCUCCACGACCAAUUUGUACAGGCUCUGGUCAGCAAAUACAAGCAACUGAUACCCAAGAUUGGACACCAAUUGGAGGCACAAACUCUCGUGGGUCCCGUUCACACGCAACAGAAUGUGGAGAACUACAAGAAAGCCAUCGAGGAAGCCAAGUCCUUGGGUGGAACUGUUGCCUUCGGCGGUAAGGUCAUACAGCGAGAUGGUUUUUAUGUUGAGCCCACUGUAGUCACGGGAUUGCCACAUGAUGCCACCGUUGUCCAUCGCGAAACUUUUGCGCCAAUCGUCUAUAUCUUGAAGGCGAAGAAUGUGGAACAGGCCAUUGAAUGGAACAACGAGGUGGAGCAGGGUCUCUCCUCAGCUAUUUUCACCGAGAACAUCGGUCAGGCCUUCAAGUGGAUUGGAGCUAGUGGCUCCGAUUGCGGCAUCGUGAACAUCAAUACCACUACCAACGGUGCUGAGAUUGGUGGAGCGUUUGGUGGUGAAAAGGCCACUGGCGGUGGCCGGGAGUCCGGAUCGGAUGCCUGGAAACAGUACUGCAAGAGGGCCACUAUCACAGUCAAUCACUCAGGAGAGUUGGCCUGUGCCCAGGGUGUCGUCUUCAAUGUAGAGUAAACUUUAUUAAAUUAGACUUUGUAUAAUCGUUCUAUUUUCAGUAACACAAUAUUUUUAAAUACAAAAAUAAUUUGAAAAUU